UUCUCAUUUGCUCUCUCUUCGCCUUUUUCCCUUCCCGCAGUCGCAUUCGUUUCUCCGCUUCUUACUUUCCCUUUCUCUCUUUUCCUCUCGGUUUUCUAUCGCUCGACGGCGAGAGUCAUGGGAGAUCGCGAGCUUAUCUUCGUCGUGGCGAAAGCGGGGGUGGUUUAGGGAGUGAGGUGUUGAGGGAUCGGGGGUGGCGGAUGGCGAUGGAGGAUACGAGUAGUUGCAGCAGCGGAGCGGGGUCGGCGGCUGUGAAUCCAUGGCAGCAGCAGCGGCACAAGCUCGACGUGUACAACGAGGUCAUCCGCCGUCUCCAUGAGUCUGGAAAUUCGGAGGCCUUUGAUCCCUCAUUUGACGACGAUCUCUGGGCUCACUUCAACCGUCUUCCGGCCCGAUAUGCAUUGGAUGUGAACGUGGAGAGAGCGGAGGAUGUUCUAACGCAUAAGAGGCUGCUGGAGAUGGCCAACGAUCCGCGGAACAGACCUGUUUUUGCGGUUCGUUUAGUUCAGGUGUCUCCAGUUCAGGAUGGAAAGAAAGAUGAUCAUGAUGGGGAGGAUGAUGCUCAUUGCUCCUCUAGUUCCUUCAGGCAGAGUCAUCCUCCUCCUGCCUUUGGCUCAUCUCCAAACCUAGAGGCUCUUGCUCUUGAAGCUAGCAAGCAGCACAUGCACGAUGGAGACAGUGCUUCAGCUGGCAGCCCACGCUUCUUUACUAGGCCUAUGCAUGAAAUAACAUUUUCAACGGAUGACAAGCCAAAGCUUCUUAGUCAGUUGACUUCUCUUCUUGCUGAGCUUGGCUUAAACAUUCAAGAAGCACAUGCAUUUUCAACAAAUGAUGGCUUCUCGCUAGAUGUCUUUGUUGUUGUUGGUUGGCCAUACGAGGAAACGGAGCAACUUACGACUGCAUUGCAGCGGGAAAUCCAAAAUAUGGAGAGGCAAGCUUGCUUUAAGCCUCAUCCAUGGUCUCCUAUAACAGAAAAUAUUUUGGCUGGGGAGAGCUCUCAUCCUGACCAUGUUCAAAUACCAACUGAUGGAACUGAUGUGUGGGAAAUAGAUUUCGGGAUGCUUAAAUUCGAGAGCAAAUUGGGGUCUGGGUCAUACGGCGACCUAUUUCGGGGAACAUACUGUAGUCAGGAUGUUGCUAUUAAGGUACUAAAGCCUGAGAGAGUAAGCGUGGAUAUGCAACGUGAAUUUGUGCAGGAAGUCUACAUCAUGAGGAAGGUGCGCCAUAGAAAUGUUGUUCAGUUUAUUGGCGCUUGCACUAAACCACCGAGUUUAUGCAUUGUUACAGAGUUUAUGUCUGGGGGAAGUGUAUACGACAUUCUGCACAAGCAAAAGAGCAGUUUUAAGCUUCCAGCUUUGCUCAGAGUGGCUAUUGAUGUGUCAAAAGGAAUGAACUAUUUACAUCAAAAUAAUAUAAUUCAUCGGGACUUGAAAGCUGCUAAUCUUUUGAUGGAUGAAAAUGAGGUUGUCAAGGUAGCAGAUUUUGGUGUUGCACGUGUGAAGGCCCAAACUGGAGUUAUGACAGCAGAAACAGGAACUUACCGAUGGAUGGCUCCUGAGGUCAUAGAGCACAAGCCCUAUGAUCAUAAGGCUGAUGUCUUCAGUUUUGGAAUCGUGCUGUGGGAGCUAAUUACGGGGAAGCUUCCUUAUGAGUACCUGACACCUUUGCAAGCAGCAGUUGGUGUGGUUCAGAAGGGUUUGAGACCAACCAUUCCAAAGCGUACUUGUCCAAAGCUUGCUCAACUUCUCGAAAUGUGCUGGCAACAAGAUCCCGUACAAAGACCAAACUUCUCUGAGAUUCUGGAUUUCCUUCAGCUAAUUACCAAAGAGUUGGGAGACGAUGAGAACAGAAAAAAGGAGAAAACAUCUGGAGGUUUCUUCUCAGCUUUGCGACAUCAUUAGAAGUUUGAAUUCUCUAAAUCUUUGAAUCUCCUCAAGAUCUGUUACAUUAUUUCUUUAAUGAUCUGCUCCUAAAUUUUUGACUGUUUGUAAUCCAUUCUCAUUAAUGCAAUUUCAUCUUUAAAUUCUUUUGAAA